AUGAAACCAAAAAAUUUUAUUCGAUAUGAACCUUAUACAAUUUCUCGAAAUAGAAAAAUUUUUGGUAAAGUAGUCAUCAAUAAGUAUGCAGAUGGCUCACAAAAAUUUUGUCCAAAACAUCAGCAGAAAGAAAAAAAUCAAAAUCAAAUAGGCAAUGAUAAAAUUGGGGACUAUUAUGAACAUCAAUUUUGUGAUAAUAAUAAUGGUAAUAUUUUAAAAGAUUAUGAUGAAUUACAAAAUAAUUACUAUAAAGAUCAGAUUGCACUUAACAAGAAGUGGGAAAACAUCAAAGACACUAUUUAUAAUGAAAUUUUAAAACAACAUUCAUAUUCUGAAGAAAAAUGUAUAAAUUGUAAUAAAAAUGCAACAUUUUUCUGUAAUAAUUGUGGGCCACAAGCAUUUUUUUGUGAAGACAAUUGUGUUCAUGAGACAUUGAACUUAGAUGUUAUCAAUUUACAAGGCCAAUUCCAAGUUGAGAUUUCAUUAUGUAAAGGUUUAAUUGAAUCUUUAUUAUAUUAUCACCUAUUUCCUGGAACACCAACACAACCUACAAUUGCAUUUGGAUUUGAAAUGCUAGAUUUAUUCAAUCAUCUUUUUUUUACAGCAAAUGUCACUUAUCUGUCAUUUUGUAAAGUAUUAGAACAAUUAAAUUUUAAAACUAUGAAAAGGAAAUUUUAUUAUUUAUUCAUAGCUGCUUUUCAUAAUUAUAUAAGUAUUCAUUCAAAAAUUAAACUUGAUGUAAACAAACUUUUUAACCAACCAGAAGAUGAAUUUCCUUGUCCAGCUUGUCCUAAUCCUGAAGAAAAAGAUGCAAAUCUUAUAAUUGCACUUGAUGGCAAUUUCCAAUUACAAAGAUUAAAAACAUCAGGGAAUAAUACCAUUAAACCUCUUAUUAUGAAUAAUUACAUUUGUUCAUAUGAAGAUUAUGAAGAAUGGAUUAAAAUAAACAAAAAAAACAAUAAUUUAAAAACUAAUUCAUUCAAUGAUAAUAAUGGGAACAAUCAAUUACAAUGUGAAACAUCCUUUAAAGUUGCAGACCAGAACCAUCAACUUUUGAAAUCAAAGUUCCUUGAUGAUACAGACCAAAUUAAUAAAAAAUACAAAAAUCAUAAUCAAAAGAUAUUUGUUCUAUAUGAUGUUGCCUGUGCCUUUCAAUCUUAUAUUUCAAAACCUUCUAGUGUUUUGUAUAAUGAUUAUGGACGAUUUAAUUGGGGUGUGUCUAUUUUUCAUGCAUAUUCACAUACACUCAAAUGUCAGAAUACAUAUCAUCCAAGAAAAAUAGAAAACAUUGGGCUGUCUGAUGGAGAGGGGCUGGAAAGGAUUUGGUCAAUCUUAACACAUUUUGUGUGUAACACUAAAUAUAUGAAAUCAGGACAUCGGAUUGAUAUUUUAUCAUUAGCAAUAGAAAAUAUUGCAAAAGAAAAAAUAGAGAAAUUAUUAAACAAGUUUAAAAGAGCCAAAAAGAUUGCAAAUGAAUCUAGUGAAAAAAUAAUUGAGAUAGAAGAAAAACAUCAAAUAACCACAGAAAAUAUUAAAGAAACAAUAAUCAAACAAAAAUCAACAAAAUUUGUUUUUAAAGCACAAGUUGAUGGCAAAGAGAAGUAUUUUCUACAAUUAAUGGAGUUAUGGAAAAUUAGGCAUUUAUUAAUUCAAAAAAUAGAAAUAGAAAAGUUAAAAAAAAAGGAAUUGAACUUAUUAAAAAAAAUUGAAAAUUGUGAAAGUGAAUUGGAAAUUUUAGAAUGUGAUCGUUGGGACCCAUUCAAUAAUGAUUAUUCAACUUAUUUGAUAAAUUUUUUAAAAAGACAAUUAAAUUUAAAUAUAGAUAAAUUAAGAAGUUUGAAAAAUGAAAUAAAUUAUAAAAAAUUUUGUCUUUAUAAUUCUCAACAUACAGGUACCAAACAGUCAUCUAAGCUUAAAAUAACAUUGUCUAAUGAUAAAAAAUCACUUGAGUCUUGUGUUAAUGAAUAUCAAUUUUAUAAAGAAUUAUUACCUCAAGGUGAAACUAAUUAUCCAAAUGCUAGUAUUGAAAUCAUAUUGGAUAAUAAUUCAGAAUUUUGGAAAUAUAUAGAUUUGAAUUUGGAUUGUGACAUAUUAUCAGGUUUAACAAUGUAUAAUGCAAUACAAAAUUAUGAAAACAAAAUAUGUGCAGAGGAGGAGAUGAAGAUAAUACAUGAAGAAAUAAAAAGAUUGAUCAAACAUUGGACUUUCCAACAAUCUAAGAUUUUGAAAGUAAUUAAUGAUGACAAAUCUAAUACUGUAAAAUUACAGGCUGGGUAUGAUUUUUUUUUAAAAAAAAAUUUAGACAAAGUUAAUAUAAACUUAGAAAAUUCCAAACAAUCAUUAAGUGAAAUAUUAAAGCUUAAUGAUUUAAUCAAUGAUAAUUUAAAUAAUGAAAUACCAAUUUAUAUUUAUAUAAAUGAAGAAGAAGUUCGAAAAUUAUUAAACAAUGAGUUGGAUGAUACAAUUGAUGAUGUAGAUAAUUUAGAAAGUUUAGAAAGUUUAGAAAAUUUAAGCUUCAUUGAUGAUUAA